UAGAGCCGUCCGGAUGGCGGCGGCGACAGCCCGAGCCUCUGCCACUCAUGCACGCACGCUGCCACUUGCCCCCGCACCCUCCGCACCGCACGCGGUAGAGCAGUGAGUGCGGGAGCUGCUGAACUGAGCUCCCUCGCUGGGGUCCCCGUGCCGCUCUGCCGUGCUCCUAUCGCCGCCCGAGUGGGUGCCCCGACCGCUCGCCUUCGCUGUCCCCGGCGAACGGGCUCCCCGCCCCCUCCUCCCGCGCCGUCCCCUCCCCUCUCCCUCCCCUCCUCUGCAACGCCUGCAUUAUUUUCCGCCCGCAGGGUCCGCGAGCACACCGCGGCCUCGGCGGGGGGAGGUGACCGAGUGGGUGGCUGGGUGGGUGGCUGGCGGGGAGUAGAGCGUUCAAGUUGCAGGGAAGGGGUACCCGCUCCUUCCGCGCUCUCCGUCCUCCGGGCUCCUCACUCCUUCCCCCUCCUCCUUGCCUCCUCCCUCCCCGCCCCCACCUCCUUCCUCCUCUCCGAAGGGCUGGUAACUUGUUGUGCGGAGCGAACGGCGACAACGACGGCGGCGGCGGCGGCACCAUCCGGGCGGGCAGCAUGGGCACGUCCGCGCGCUGGGCGCUGUGGCUGCUGUUCGCGCUGUGCUGGGCGCCCCGGGACAGCGGCGCCUCUGCAAGCGGGAAAAAAGGGAAAUGCGAUAAUUCCCAAUUCCAGUGCACAAAUGGUCGCUGCAUCACACUGCUGUGGAAAUGCGACGGCGAUGAAGACUGUGUUGAUGGCAGUGACGAAAAGAACUGCGUAAAGAAGACGUGUGCCGAGUCUGACUUCGUGUGCAAAAACGGCCAGUGUGUUCCUAACAGAUGGCAGUGCGAUGGGGACCCUGAUUGUGAAGACGGUUCUGAUGAGAGCCCGGAACAGUGCCAUAUGAGAACAUGCCGCAUAAAUGAGAUCAGCUGUGGCGCCCGGUCCACUCAGUGUAUCCCAGUGUCCUGGCGAUGCGAUGGGGAAAAUGAUUGUGACAAUGGCGAAGAUGAAGAAAACUGUGGCAACAUAACCUGUAGCGCUGAUGAGUUCACUUGCUCCAGCGGCCGCUGCGUCUCCAGGAACUUUGUGUGCAAUGGCCAGGAUGACUGCGACGACGGCAGUGAUGAACUGGACUGCGCACCGCCGACCUGUGGGGCCCACGAGUUCCAGUGCAGCACCUCUUCCUGCAUCCCCCUCAGCUGGGUGUGCGAUGAUGACGCGGACUGCUCCGACCAGUCAGACGAGUCUCUCGAACAGUGCGGCCGGCAGCCCGCCAUGCAUGCGAGAUGUCCUGCCAGUGAGAUCCAGUGUGGCUCUGGUGAAUGCAUUCACAAAAAGUGGCGGUGUGACGGAGAUCCCGACUGCAAGGACGGCAGUGACGAGGUCAACUGCCCUUCUCGAACCUGCAGACCUGACCAAUUUGAAUGUGAAGAUGGUAGCUGUAUCCAUGGCAGCAGGCAGUGCAAUGGCAUCCGGGACUGUGUGGAUGGCUCUGAUGAAGUCAACUGCAAAAACGUCAAUCAGUGCUUGGGCCCUGGAAAGUUCAAGUGCAGAAGUGGCGAAUGCAUAGACAUCAGCAAAGUGUGUGACCAGGAGCAGGACUGCAGGGACUGGAGCGAUGAACCCCUGAAGGAGUGCAAUGUCAAUGAAUGCUUGGUCAAUAACGGUGGCUGCUCUCAUAUCUGCAAAGACCUAGUCAUAGGCUAUGAAUGUGACUGUGCCGCUGGGUUUGAACUGAUAGAUAGGAAAACCUGUGGAGAUAUCGACGAAUGCCAAAAUCCAGGGAUCUGCAGCCAAAUUUGUAUCAACUUAAAAGGUGGCUACAAGUGUGAAUGUAGUCGUGGCUAUCAAAUGGAUCUUGCCACUGGUGUGUGCAAGGCAGUAGGCAAAGAGCCAAGUCUGAUCUUCACUAAUCGGAGAGACAUCAGGAAGAUUGGCCUAGAGAGGAAGGAAUACAUCCAGCUUGUAGAACAACUAAGAAACACAGUGGCUCUCGAUGCUGACAUUGCAGCUCAGAAGCUAUUUUGGGCUGAUCUCAGCCAAAAGGCUAUCUUCAGUGCCUCAAUUGAUGACAAGGUUGGUAGACAUUUUAAAAUGAUCGACAAUGUCUAUAAUCCUGCAGCCAUUGCUGUUGAUUGGGUGUACAAGACCAUCUACUGGACUGAUGCGGCUUCUAAGACUAUUUCCGUAGCUACCCUAGACGGAGCCAAGAGGAAGUUCCUGUUUAACACUGACUUGCGAGAGCCUGCCUCCAUAGCUGUGGACCCAUUGUCUGGCUUUGUUUACUGGUCUGACUGGGGCGAACCAGCUAAAAUAGAAAAAGCGGGGAUGAAUGGCUUUGAUAGGCGUCCACUUGUGACUGAGGACAUCCAAUGGCCUAAUGGAAUUACACUCGACCUUGUCAAAAGUCGCCUCUACUGGCUCGAUUCCAAGUUGCAUAUGCUGUCUAGUGUGGACUUGGAUGGCCAAGAUCGUAGGAUAGUGCUCAAGUCUCUGGAGUUCCUAGCUCAUCCUCUUGCGCUCACCAUAUUUGAGGAUCGUGUCUACUGGAUAGAUGGAGAAAAUGAAGCAGUGUACGGUGCCAAUAAAUUCACUGGGUCAGAGCUGGCUACCCUAGUCAACAACCUCAAUGAUGCCCAAGACAUCAUUGUCUACCAUGAACUUGUUCAGCCAGCAGGUAAAAACUGGUGUGAAGAAGAUACAGAGAAUGGAGGAUGCGAAUACCUCUGCCUGCCAGCACCACAGAUCAGUGACCACUCUCCGAAAUAUACCUGUUCCUGUCCCAAUGGGUACAGUCUCGGGGAAAACGGACGAGAGUGCCAAAGUCCUUCAACUCCUGUGACUUACAGUGAGACAAAAGAUAUCAACACAACAGACAUUCUGCGUACUAGUGGACUGGUUCCUGGAGAGAUCAACGUGACCACAGCAGUAUCAGAGGUCAGUGUUCCUCCGAAAGGAACUUCAGCUGCCUGGGCCAUCCUCCCUCUCUUGCUCUUGGUGAUGGCAGCAGUCGGGGGCUACUUGAUGUGGCGGAAUUGGCAACAUAAAAACAUGAAAAGCAUGAACUUUGACAAUCCUGUGUACUUAAAGACCACUGAAGAGGACCUCUCAAUAGACAUUGGUAGACACAGUGCUUCUGUUGGACACACGUACCCAGCAAUAUCAGUUGUAAGCACAGAUGAUGAUCUGGCUUGACCGCUGAGAUCUAAACCAAUAACACCCCACUCCAGAACGGUAACCGAGCCAGCGCUGAAGUCUCCUUUCUUCCUCCCAUCCGGAAGAACAUCAAGAUAUCUUUCUGGGAAUCAAGUUUGUGUACUUGGUCAUUUUUAUAUUACUUUUGUAAAUAUUCCUGGCCACAUACUACUUCAGCUUUGGAUGUGGUUACCAAGUAUGUGUAACCCUUGAAUCUCUAGACAGUAUUGCCAUCUCUGGCCACGUAUGCACUUUCUCGAGAAAGCCAUAUUCCAGCCACGAACCUUGUGCGGUAGCGACGCCCACCUGUACAUACAUUGUAUAGGCCACCUGUACAUAUCCCAGAGAACAAUCACUAUUCUUAAGCACUUUGAAGAUAUUUCUAUGUAAAUUAUUGUAAACUUUUUCAAUGGUUGGGACAAUGGCAAUAGGAUAAAACGGGUUACAAAGAUGAAAUUGCCAAAAAAAAUUUGUAAACUAAUUUUGUACGUAUGAAUGAAAUCUUUGACCUCUGUGGAGGUUUGCAAAGACUGACUUCAAACUACUGUACAUUUUUUUCAAGUGCUAAAAAAAUUAAACCACACAGCUUAAUCAUGGUUUUGAUUAUUCCUCUAAGAUGGUCUAGGAACAGCCUGUGUAUCACCAAAUGUUCUAGAUAUCUAAGCUAUAGCUCUGGGUGUUGUACACCCAAAACUGGGCUAGUAUCUUUUAUAACCAAGUCCUAACUAAAGAAAUUGGUACCAUUUGAUAUUUGUUCCCCCAAAUUUAUCACCCUUCCUUCCUUCCUUCCUUCCUUCCUUCCUUCCUUCUUUGCUGGACUCAAGACUGUAAUUCUCCUGCCUCAGCUUCCCAACUUCUAAUAUUACAUGUCUCAUGUUUGGACCACUACACCCAGCCAACAUAUUUAUUUCCUAAAAAACACUGUCUUCCCAGAAUUCCUUUUGCUCACAGAAGAUUCCUUUUCCCCCUCCUUUUCACAUUGAUCUAGCAAUAUAUGCUAAGAUUUCCACAAGUUCUCAUGUUUUGUUGUUCAUGUUCUGUCAUAAUUUGUAGGUCAGUCAAAGACAAGUGCCUUCUACGGCAUAGGGAAGGAUUUGUUCUUACAAGAGUCUGACUUGUCCUACUGUGAAGAUGGGUAGGAAGGAUGCUAGGCAACGUUGUUGUUGAACAGUCUAGGUUGUGGUUCUCAGCAUGCCCUGGGAACAGCAAUAGUGGCUGCUAGGAACUUAGCAGAAAUGAAUAUUCUUGGGCCCCACUCAAAACCUACUUAAUCAAAAGCCCCAGUAACGGGGACCAGGAAACUGAGUCUUCACAAACUCUUCAUGUAGUUCUGAUAUAACUGCAAGUUGGAUAAAAACUAUUCUAAUGAGGCUUUAUGGAGAAUAUAAUUGUAACAUAGUCCACACUAUGUUGUCAGCCUAUGACAUCGCACAUAUGGGGAUGUUCUUCCUAUAGGGCAUUUGUGGAACUUUGAAGAUAAGGAGCUGGAGGUGGGAAAGUAGAACCAUGUCAAGGGGGGAGUUUUGUGAGUUUGCCAUCAUGUCCUUACUCUGAAGUCUCCAGAUGCCUAAAAGUAAGAAGAUGCGUGGCUUAAAGCCCAGACAAGAUGCUUUGAUAACUCUACUGUGAGAUGGGCACUGUAGAAAGGGCACUGAUUCCUUGGGGAUGAAAUGGCUGAACAAGCAUCUAAAACAAACAAGGUCAUUUCAUUUUUAUAAACCCAACAUUAGCUAGAACUCACUGUGUUUUAAAAGGCAUUUCAUUUUUAAAAAAUGAAGUGCUUAAAUAUUGGUAGAGCAUUGUUCAGUAUUGCUAGGGUAGCUAGUCAUCUGGCAAGACUGCUAAUUGGGCCAGAGGACAAUAGUUCACAAGGGAUGAGAACCCCGACCUUUACCGCCCAAACAAGAUCUUAACAACUGUAUGUGAGCUGGGUUGACCUCAGCUGGCUGCACCUCUAGAGUUUAAUGUAGUGGAUAAUUAAUUAAGAGGUGAAAUCUGAAACAUCAAAUUCUUAGAAAGGAUAUUUAUAAUUAAACCAGCCUGUCACAUGAGGCUGCAGUGAAUGGAACCCCAAGGGACUUGAGGAAUAUCUGCAAAGGAUAGACAAAUCAACAGAUUUGUGGACCCCAGUUAAAAAAAAGUCCAGUCAAGUCUCAGAGUCCAAAAUUUUAAGAGGUUGUUGCAAGCUACAUGCUUUUUGGGCAGAAGCAGACCUAGAAGAUUAGCAGUUCCCUUAGGAUAUUCUAACAGCUACUUUGAAAAUUUGGCAUCAAAUCUAAGCCUUUGGAUCUGGAUAAAUAGGGGCAAAAAUAAUUCUUUGAGGCUUCAACUACGGCACGUACCUUGGUUCCAGACAUCCCUUUUAAGAAAUGAGCGGGCAGGUUUUAAAUAGCACAGUUAAAGGAAUCACUUUUCAGCUGGGAACACUGCAGAAAGCUGAGACCCGCCUACUGUCUAGCUUUUAAGUUCACCCCAACCCAAAGAUGCUGGUGGGCUUCCCAUGUAUCAUGUAGUUGAACAGAAUUGAUUUCCUAGCGUGCUUACCUAGCAAAGUCUCUCCUACUGGAACAGUAUAUCCCCUUAAGCCCAAAUGAAUGUCAUGCUUCUUUCUUUCACUUGUGGCAAAACAAACAUAUUUAUAAAAAAAAUAAAUCACAGACCCUUUUGCUUCCUUAGGUUCAAGAACAGAACAAAAUGCUACUCCUGAUCCAGAACUUUGAGCCUUUUGUUUCUAAAGCCAGUGUUUCACCCUCUUUGGGGAGACUGAAAAAAUGUGUCCCCUAUAUCAGUCAUAUUCUAGAUCCUUAAACUGGGCAAAUUCCUGAAAUGGAGAAAGGUCUGCAAAGGUGUCUCAAUUUCAAGGAGAAAGGAGAUGGCUUGGAAGAUGGGGCGGUCAUUGUUGGGGUAGUUUCCUGCUGUUGCUUGUUUGUUCACAGAGGUUCCAGCUCACAAGAGCUUCAUGGAAGAAUAACAACCACCAUUUCUGCAUGAAUCUCACUCCCAUCCACCUUCAGCAAUGAAAAGCUGAAUGUAAGUUAGUAAGGAGUCCUGGAUGGAGGUUUGUGAUCACGUGUGCCAUCUCAUACGGUGUCACUCCAGUCUGUAAUUGUGUUUCUGAACCUGGUUCGUCCGAGAAACAGGAAUGAAGUGGGACCAGAGACCUCGAGGCCAUUUCAGCCUCCCUAUGUGUGUGUGUGUGAACCCUGGGACAAGAGUGAGACAGGGAGCCUGGGGGAUGUGGGCUUGACAGGAGCUCUGGGAUAUCUCAAGAAUAGCUUUUUUCUUGGCUGUGCUAAGUGAGAUGGCAGCUGGGUGGCUAUGUAUAGGGUUCUCCACAUUAUGUCAAUAGCACACACUUCUCUGUCCUGGGUGUGCUGGCCUGGGCAAGUCACUAAGCAUCUCUGUGAUAUGGAAAUGACAGGGACACACUGGGACAAAGGGAUGCAUACAGCAGUGGAGCCUGAGAGCUCAGCAUCAUGCCUGGCAUCUGGUGUCCUUUGGCAAACACCCAGACUAUCACUGUCAGUAUGUGUUGGUCCACAGCCUGAGAACUGGUAAGGGACUUUACCCAGUGAGCCUUUCGGACAGCUUCACUCAUGGAGUAACAAGAGCCUUUCACCUGGAAUAGUUCUUCCCCAUCAUACCGAAGUCUGAGUUUCAGGAAGGAUUUCAUCUCCGACAGGUGAAAAGCCUUAAAGGACCAUAUGGUGUCAAACUCAGACUCAUAGCUGGUUUGUGUCUGCCUCGGCCUUUGACUGCUUCUCCUAGGACAUGGAACACAUAUUGGCACCUGCGGAGUCUUUAAGUGGCUGUCUAAGAGUUUUUAAUGACCCUUCAGUUCCUACCAUAUGCUUAAUGUUGUGCUAAGUAAGUGUUUUCUCAUCUUAUUAGAUCCUCACAGUAACCCUAAUAGGCAAGUAUCUUCGUUUUGCAGAUGUGGAAAGCUAAGGUCAUAAACCAUGUUCCAAACUAAAUAAGCUUACAGCCAUGGUCGCGGGGGAGGGUGGUGUCCUGUGCAAAUGUUAAGCUGGAUAUCACAUUGUAUGUUUGCUGAGUCUCCCUUCCUACGGAUGUCUUCAUUUUCUCAGCUGCUUUAGACUUCCCAUUCAGCACGAUGGUGCACAGAACUAUAAAGCUGGCAUGGUACCAUGUAUAUAAGUCGGUUAAGACACACCUUCAAGAUGCUAGACUUGGUAGUAGCCAUCAGGAGAUAGCUUUGAAGGAAAAGAUCCAGAUUCCCUACAGGAACUUGGAGAUGUCAUGUCCUUCUCUAGCAGAGAAUACUAGGACAAACAAGCUACCACCCAGGAAUUCUCAGUUUCUGAGGCAGCCAAGUGGAGAGUACACCAGAGAAGACGGGGGGGGGGGGG